AUGCACACAUUCCAUAAGCGAAUUCUAAAGGAGUUCAAAAGACUUCAGAAGAACCCUCUUCCCGGAAUAACGAUCAAGCCUUCAGAAACGGAUCCAAAUGAUCUCUCAGUGUUUGUUUUUGACAUCACUUUGCCUCCUGAUUCCGAUGGAGUUCUACACUCUAUAUAUAGAUCAGAUAUUUACCAGCUUAGGAUUAAAAUCACAGACGAUUACCCAGUAGACUCCCCCGAGGUACAGUUUUUGAACCUGCAUCCCGGUUCCAAAAUUCCUUUACAUCCCCACAUUUAUUCUAAUGGUCACAUAUGUUUAGAUCUACUUGGUUCCGGAUGGACUCCUGCAUGCUCUAUGGAAUCAAUACUACUUAGCAUUCAAUCUAUGUUGUCAACAAACGAGCUCGCGGAGCGUCCACCUGACGAUCAGGCUUACGUCAGAACGGCACCCCUCAACCCCAAGAAGACAACCUUCGACUAUCAUGACGAUAAUGUCUAG